AGUCGCCCUGGAGUCCCUUGAAUGAGCAAUCACACCAGCUGACUAGGCAGUAUGCAGAUCUGGCUUCUGGGAGAGCAGAAUGAUGUCACCACCCUGGGCUGUGGGUAGUUCCAGCUCCAUGCAUUGGUUUUGCCCAUCAUUGUUUUCUUCAGCUGUGUCAUGUCAGUUCUCUACUACUUGGGCCUCAUGCAGUGGGUGAUCCUGAAGAUUGCCUGGCUGAUGCAGGUCACCAUGGGCACCUCAGCCACUGAGACCCUAAGUGUGGCAGGAAACAUCUUUGUGAGUCAGACCGAAGCUCCUCUGCUUAUUCGGCCCUACCUGGCAGACAUGACUCUCUCUGAAGUUCACGUUGUCAUGACUGGAGGCUAUGCUACUAUUGCUGGUAGCCUCCUGGGUGCCUACAUCUCCUUUGGGAUUGAUGCUGCCUCCUUAAUUGCUGCCUCCGUAAUGGCAGCCCCCUGCGCUUUGGCCCUUUCCAAGCUGGUCUACCCGGAGGUGGAGGAGUCCAAGUUCCGGAGUGAGGAAGGAGUGAAGCUGACUUAUGGAGACGCUCAGAACCUCGUGGAAGCAGCCAGCGCUGGGGCUGCCAUCUCAGUGAAGAUCGUUGCCAACAUUGCUGCCAAUCUGAUUGCCUUUCUGGCUGUCCUGGAGUUCAUCAAUGCUGCCCUCUCCUGGCUGGGGGACAUGGUGGAUAUCCAGGGACUCAGCUUCCAGCUCAUCUGCUCCUACAUCCUACGUCCCGUGGCAUUCUUGAUGGGCGUGGCCUGGGAGGACUGUCCGGUGGUGGCUGAGCUGCUGGGUAUCAAGCUGUUUCUGAAUGAGUUUGUGGCCUAUCAAGAGCUUUCCCAGUACAAGCAGAGACGCCUGGCAGGGGCUGAGGAGUGGCUUGGUGACAAGAAACAGUGGAUCUCUGUCAGAGCAGAAAUCCUGACGACAUAUGCCCUCUGUGGAUUCUCUAACUUCAGUUCCAUCGGCAUCAUGCUGGGAGGCCUGACCUCUCUGGUCCCCCAUCGGAGGAGUGACUUCUCCCAGAUUGUGCUCCGGGCGCUGAUCACUGGGGCCUUCGUGUCCCUGGCAAAUGCCUGUGUGGCAGGGAUCCUCUACAUGCCCAGGGGGCUCGAGGUGAACUGUGUGUCUCUUCUGAAUCAGACCUUCACCAGCAGCAACUUUGAGGUGUACCAGUGCUGUGGCCAGGUCUUCCAGAAUACCAGCUUGGAGUUCGGCCCAGAGGCGUUGGACAACUGCUGUCGAUUUUACAAUCGCACCAUCUGCACAUAGCUGGAACUGAACAUCUUCCUACCCUCAGGGGUCAUUCAUCCCAGAAAGUGUCUGUCCUCAGGAGGCCGUGGGACUCAUCACUUCUUCCACAAUUCUACAAUUGGGAAAGGGUGCUACGGGGAAUGGAGACAUCAGUAAAUGAAAACACCUCCCACCCCUGGUCACAUCACUGCUCCCCCAUGUCCUGCCUCUUAACGUGUGAGUUCCCAGCAUCUCUUCUGCUCCCUUGCCCUCUGCCAGUUAACCUUCUGGUCCCCUCUACUCCUCUUUCCUUGGGAUCCUCAUGUGCACCUGUCCAAAGACUCCUUCCUGCUCCCUCCCAAGCAUCACACUUGUUGGCCUCACCCCCUCCAGAAGCUGCCUCGAGAGACACCCACCUUCACUCAGCCCCCCCAGAAUGCUUUCCAAACUGGUGUCCUGCAGGACAACGUCUCAGUAGGUGUGAUGUUCUGAGAGGCCUAUGACCCACUAAGUUUGGAACACUGAGCUAAAUAAAGUUAGACAGGGUUUGCUUGUUAUGGUUUUUCGAUGGGGCCUCAUGCAGCUCGUUCUGGCCUUGAGCUCAUUCUGUAGCUGGGGAUGACUCCAGAUCCUCUUGCUGUCACCUUCUGAGAGCUGGUUCUUUCCUUCUACCUUUAUAUGGACUCUGAGGAUCAAACUGGAGUCUUGUCUUCUGGCUUGCAUGGCAAAUUCUUUACUUGAGGAGCCAUCUGCCAGCUCAAGAUAUUUCUUUGUUUUGUUGUUUGUUUGUGACAGGGUAUUACUAUGUAGCCCUGGCUGUCCUGGGAUUCACUGUAUAGACCAGGCUGGCCUCGAACUCAGAGUUCCUCCUGCCUCUGUCUCCUGAGUGCUGGGGUUAAUGAGGACAUGCACCACCACUCCCAGCUCCAGGAACUUUUCUUGAUAAAAGUAUCUUUUUGAAGGUGUCAUAGAAUACAGUUGGGUAAAUAUCUCA